AUAAAACUAUCCCAAUUCCCAGCCGGCAGCUCAGGCCUCAGCCAACGGCCAACAAGAACCAAAUUCAAUCUCACGUAUCUCAAGUCUCAACCUUUGGACGCUGCUGAAAACAAAUCCUGCUUGUCUUUACUCUACUAUUUAUAUCUCUUCUUUGCACUUAUCAGUUAUCUCAAUUCUGAAAAGUAUAUAAUGUUAACAACACCAUUAUAUUGAUACAUUCUUAAUUACUCUAUUAUCUCAUCUUCAUCUAUGAGCUUGGAAUCAAUGUUAACUCUUACUGGGUGCAGCAGCAGCAACCUUAUAACCCUUAAUUUCAGAACCACCAUUAAUGGGGUUUCCUCAUUAUCUUCCUCCAUACACAAGAAACCUCCAAUAUUUAGUGAGAGUUUUGGGUUUAAGUCUAAUAAUAGUUGUUACUUUUGCCAAAAAGGGUGGAGAAGGGAGUUCUUAAGUACCCACAAAAAUGGGGGUUUAUUUGAUCGAUUACUGUGUUUCAGUAAAGAUAGUGAUGAAGAUGCUGAUGCUGGAAGCUCGUCCAAAGACUCGAAUUUGGCCACGAAAGAAAAAGAGAAAGAGAUAGUAGUGGAAGAAAGAGAAGAUGGUAUUGGUGCUGGUGAAUUCAUGUCUGAAAAUAAGCCCACUUCCUUUUCCUCUUCUGAGCCACCGCCAAUGUCUCCUGCAGGAACACCAUACAACAAUUUCCAAGUCGACUCUUUUAAAUUGUUGGAACUUCUGGGACCUGAAAAGGUUGAUCCAGCUGAUGUGAAGCUGAUCAAGGAAACAUUAUUUGGAUAUUCUACUUUCUGGGUGACAAAAGAAGAGCCAUUUGGUGAUCUUGGUGAAGGAAUUCUUUUCCUGGGGAACUUGAGGGGGAAAAGAGAGGAAGUGUUUGAGAAACUUCAAAAGCUGCUAGCAGAACUCAUGGGUGACAAAUACAAUCUUUUUAUGGUGGAGGAACCUAAUUCGGAGGAUCCUGAUCCUCGGGGUGGACCUCGUGUCAGUUUUGGUAUGCUGCGUAAAGAGGUCUCAGAACCAGGGCCUACGACACUUUGGCAGUAUGUAAUUGCUCUACUUCUUUUCGUUCUGACCAUUGGUUCCUCGGUUGAGCUAGGCAUAGCAUCUCAGAUUAAUCGUCUUCCACCGGGGGUGGUGAAGUACUUCACAGAUCCUGAUGCAAUUGAACCUCCAGAUAUGCAAUUGUUGCUCCCAUUUGUGGAUGCUGCUCUGCCUCUAGCUUACGGUGUCUUGGGAGUUCAGAUGUUCCAUGAAAUUGGGCAUUUUCUGGCAGCUUUUCCAAAAAAUGUGAAGCUUAGCAUUCCAUAUUUCAUCCCCAACAUAACUCUUGGUAGCUUUGGUGCAAUCACGCAGUUCAAAUCUAUCCUUCCUGAUAGAAAGACUCAAGUUGACAUUUCACUGGCUGGUCCCUUUGCUGGUGCUGCACUCUCUUUGUCCAUGUUUGCCGUUGGCCUGCUGUUAUCUUCAAAUCCUGAUGUUGCAGGAGAUUUUGUACAAGUGCCUAGCACGCUAUUUCAAGGUUCUCUGCUUCUUGGACUCAUAAGUCGAGCCACUCUUGGUUAUACAGCAAUGCAUGCUGCCUCGGUGUCAAUUCAUCCGCUUGUGAUUGCUGGCUGGUGUGGUUUGACAAGCACUGCUUUCAACUUGCUUCCAGUUGGGUGCCUUGAUGGUGGGAGAGCAGUGCAGGGUGCUUAUGGGAAGAAUGCCCUUAUUGCAUUUGGGUUGACGACUUAUGCAUUGCUUGGAUUAGGAGUUCUAGGAGGACCUUUGUCACUUCCUUGGGGACUAUAUGUACUGAUUUGUCAGAGAACUCCGGAGAAGCCAUGUUUAAAUGAUGUUACAGAGGUCGGAAGUUGGAGGAAAGCUGUGGUAGUAGGAGCUAUCUUUAUGGUUGUAAUGACAUUGCUCCCUGUUUGGGAUGAGCUAGCGGAGGAACUAGGGAUAGGUCUUGUGACCACAUUCUGAUUAUAUAUAUGUGACGAACUAAAUUCUUUACAGGCUCAAAAGCAUAGCUAAAAAGGAAAAUUAUCCACUUUUUGAUUAUGGAAAUGUGUAUACAUUAGCUUACACACACUUUGUUCAUGUACGUAGUUAUAGAAUAAGUGAGCAUGUUUUUUGGGCAAAAACUUGUACGCAAUGAGUAUUGUGUAUUCAUGGCUACCCAAAAUUACACAUUAUCAAUAUCACAAAGGCUGAUUUGUAUGACAUUCUUGGUGACUGAACUUGGUAACACACGUAUACAAGAUCUCUUGUUUUAUUUGAUUUUUAUUAAUUUA